GGUAACAAAUAAUUGAAAAUGAUGAUCACCAGAGAGUUGGUGCUGAAAGCGAACCGAGAGCAACCGCCGUAUGCGUCGAUUUUGGCUCUUGCCGCGUCUGGAUUUUCCCUCGAGAAGUCUGUUCAAUUCUCUGAAAAGCAGCAGCUUGCUCUUAACUUAGACGGAGAACUCCUGUCCAAUGACGUUGAAAUUGCUAGAAUCAUCGCUCAAAGCACUGAUGCUGCUGAUAGUCUUCUAGGAUCUUCUAUCAUCGAUUUCGCUGUCGUUGACGAUCUUACAAACUUCAUUGCUGAUGCUGUCACGAAGAAUGACUAUUCCCUCCUUUUGGGAAAGGAUUUUCCGACCAAAAUUCUCGAUAAUUCCUUGACUGUUGCUGAUUUUGCCAUCUUCUCUGUGGCGCACAACAAUCCUCAAUUGAAGGCCAAGUUCUCUGGAAUUAUCGACAAAGUUCUCAAAGAACCAACCCUGGCUGCUGCUCACAACUUUGUCGGAUUAUACAAAAGUGCAGCUGCUCCAACUGCAACGGCAUCUACUGGAAAAGAAAAGAAGAAGGACGAAGGAAAGUUCGUUGAGCUUCCAGGAGCCGAGAAAGGAAAGGUUGUUGUCCGAUUCCCACCAGAGGCAAGUGGAUAUUUGCAUAUUGGACACGCUAAGGCAGCACUUCUCAAUCAAUACUAUCAACAAGCUUUCGAAGGGCAACUCAUCAUGCGAUUCGAUGACACAAAUCCAGCCAAAGAGAAUGCUCAUUUCGAACAUGUUAUCAAAGAGGACCUCUCAAUGCUCAACAUCGUUCCUGAUCGUUGGACUCACUCUUCUGAUCAUUUUGAAAUGCUUCUUACCAUGUGUGAGAAAUUGUUGAAGGAAGGAAAGGCAUUCGUCGAUGAUACUGACACUGAAACUAUGCGUAAUGAACGAGAACAGAGACAAGACAGUCGUAAUCGUUCAAACACUCCAGAAAAGAAUCUCCAAUUGUGGGAAGAAAUGAAAAAAGGUUCUCCAAAAGGAUUAACUUGCUGUGUUCGUAUGAAGAUCGACAUGAAAUCAAAUAAUGGAGCCAUGAGAGAUCCAACUAUCUACCGAUGCAAGCCAGAGGAGCAUGUGAGAACAGGAUUAAAGUACAAGGUCUAUCCAACUUAUGACUUCACUUGUCCAAUUGUCGAUAGUGUAGAAGGUGUAACUCAUGCUCUCAGAACCACUGAAUACCAUGAUCGUGAUGAUCAGUACUACUUCAUCUGCGAUGCUCUCGGUCUUCGUCGUCCACACAUUUGGGAAUAUGCACGUCUAAACAUGACGAACACAGUUAUGAGCAAGCGUAAGCUCACCUGGUUUGUCGAUGAAGGACAUGUCGAGGGAUGGGAUGAUCCAAGACUUCCAACUGUUCGAGGAGUUAUGAGAAGAGGAUUGACUGUCGAAGGAUUGAAACAAUUUAUUGUUGCACAAGGAGGAUCGAGAUCAGUUGUCAUGAUGGAAUGGGAUAAGAUUUGGGCGUUCAAUAAGAAGGUUAUUGAUCCAGUUGCGCCAAGAUACACAGCUCUCGACUCCACAUCUCCGCUUGUUUCCAUCGAAUUAACAGAUUCAAUCUCUGACGACACCUCCAAUGUGUCUCUUCAUCCAAAGAAUGCUGAAAUUGGAAGCAAAGACGUUCACAAGGGCAAAAAACUUUUGCUCGAACAAGUCGAUGCUGCAGCUCUGAAGGAAGGAGAAAUUGUCACAUUCGUCAACUGGGGUAACAUAAAGAUUGGAAAAAUCGAGAAGAAGGGCGCCGUAAUAACGAAAAUCAGUGCAACUCUUCAGUUGGAUAAUACUGAUUACAAGAAAACUACAAAAGUGACAUGGCUGGGAGAUGUCAAGGCUGAGGCUGGAAAAACUAUUCCAGUAGUGACUGCUGACUAUGAUCAUAUUAUCAGCAAAGCUAUUAUUGGAAAGGAUGAAGAUUGGAAGCAAUUCAUCAAUUUUGACUCUGUGCACUACACAAAGAUGGUUGGAGAACCAGCAAUCAAGAAUGUGAAGAAGGGUGAUAUCAUUCAAAUUCAACGCAAAGGAUUCUACAUUGUUGACCAACCGUACAAUCCAAAGAGUGAACUCAGCGGAGUUGAAACUCCUCUGCUUCUCAUUGCCAUUCCUGAUGGACAUACUGGCAAAGAAGCUGAGAAGCCACCGAAGGGAGCUCCAGUUAGCGCUGCUGCUUCUUCCGGAGGUUCCGAUGCUCUCCAAUUGUACAAUUCCAUUGAACAACAGGGUGGAAUUGUCAGAGAUUUGAAAACAAAAGAUGCUAAAUCUCAAGCUACAAAGGAUGCAAUUGCUAAGCUUCUUGAUUUGAAAAAGAAGUAUAAGGAAUUGACCGGCUCUGAUCACAAGCCAGGAGCUCCACCAUCCGCUCCAGCUCCUACUACUCCAUCGUCUUCUGAAUCGAACUCGGCUUUGAACAUUUACAAUCUGAUUGAAGCUCAAGGUCUAUUGGUUAGAGAACUCAAAGGAAAAGAUGCCAAGUCUCAAGCAACAAAAGAUGCUAUCGCGAAGCUUCUUGAAUUGAAGAAACAAUACAAAGAGGUCAGUGGAUCCGAUCACAAGCCAGGUGUACCACCUGCUGCAUCUGUUGCAUCAGCUCCAGCACCAGCACCUGCUGCAGGAUCGACCAACGCCUUGGAUAUCUACCACCAAAUCGAAUCCCAAGGAGCUUUGGUUAGAGAACUCAAAGGAAAAGAUGCGAAGUCUCAAGCAACAAAAGAUGCUAUCGCUAAGCUUCUUGCUCUGAAGAAACAAUACAAAGAGGUGACUGGUUCCGAUCAUAAGCCAGGUGUUGUUCCAGUCUCUGCACCAGCUCCAACCCCUCUUGCCGGAGGAGCCGAUAUUGCAGGUCAAAUUGAAGCACAAGGAGUUCUUGUCAGAGAUUUGAAGAACAAGGAUUCCAAAUCUCAAGAAACAAAGGAUGCUAUUGCGAAACUCCUAGAGCUCAAGAAGAACUAUAAAGAGGUUACUGGUUCCGAUUACAAGCCAGGCCCUGCUCCAGCAGCUGCUCCCGCGAAGGUUACGGUACCAGCUCCAUCGGUCUCCGGGGGGGAUACACUUUCCAAGCAGAUUGAUGAUCAAGCACUUCUUGUGAGAGAGUUGAAGAUGAAAGACGCUAAAUCUCAAGAAACCAAGGACGCCAUCGCAAAACUGUUGCAGUUGAAGAAACAGUACAAGGAUGCGACCGGUUCGGAUUAUAAGCCAGCUCCAGCUCAAUUGGCAGCUUCAGCCGCCGCCGCACCAGCUCCAGCUCCAGCUUUCGACGAAGCUGCGCUUCUCAAGGAAAUUGAAGAGCAAGGAGCAGUUGUCCGUGACGCAAAAUCCAAAGAUCCAAAAUCGCAAGAUUCCGCCGAUGCCAUUAACAAGCUUCUGGCUUUGAAGGCUAAUUUCAAGAAAGCCACUGGAAAAGACUUCCCAGCUCCAUCGAAUGCUCAAUCGAAGAAAGGAAAGAAGAAGUAAAUUUAGGUGCUAUAUACACGUUUUGGUUUUGUUGUUUUUCAGUUAUUUAAGUUGAAUUGUAAA